GCCAAAAGCCCCAACACUCCCAACCAGCAGCCAGGCUCUCUCCCUGCUCGACGCGCGAUGGCCCCCAGAUCGGACCACGCCGGCGGCAGCGCCGCCGCCGCCGCCGCGGCAGCGGCCGCCCAAACCCAUGGAUCCGACUUCGACUCCAUCGACCCCCUCUUCCACGUCCUCCUAGUGCUGCCCUUCUCCUUCCUCCGGCCUCCGCGCACCCGCCUGAGGCUGCCGUCCAACCUGGCGCUCCCCUCCCCCAUGACCGUCUUCUCCCUCAUCCUCCUCACCUACUUCGCCGUCGUCUCCGGCCUCGUCUACGACGUCAUCGUCGAGCCCCCCGGCAUCGGCAGCGCCCAGGACCCCGCCACCGGCGCCGUCCGCCCCGUCGUCUUCCUCCCGGGGCGCGUCAACGGCCAGUACAUCAUCGAGGGCCUCUCCUCCGGGUUCAUGUUCCUCCUCGGCGGCAUCGGCAUUAUCCUCCUCGACCUCGCCGUCGACCGCACCAGGCCCCGGAGCCUCCGCGUUUCCUUCGGCGGCGCCGGCGCAGUAGCCAUCGUCAUCGCCUACGCCAUGGCCAUGCUCUUUCUCCGCAUCAAGAUCCCCGGCUACCUAUGGUGAGGCUGAUAAGUAUUACCGGUUUAAUUAGACCAGAUCCGUUGCAUGAUCUCGCUACAUCUAAAUAGAUCUGCCUGAUGUGUCUGAUGGAACUAGCGAAUCUCUUUUAAUUAUGUUAAUGUCACAUUAUAGUAUGUUGUAUGAUAUCAUCAACUCUGAAUUGUUGGAUGAGGAUUAUCAUUUUGCAAUGUUACUAAACAGAGCUUUACUCAGUAUUGUGAUUCAGUGAUUUCGUGA